UUACGAGUGAAGUCUUCUAGUCUCUCUGACUUUUUACGUUCAUGUAUCGGCAAUGACUUUGUUUUACUCCGCAAGUAGCCUGUCUUUUCCAAUGCUACCUACCACCAUUUUCAUCAGCCUUGCUUGCAGCUCUCUGGCCAGAAGAUCUACUGCAAACCUCAAUGUGUCGACAACCACAAUGACUCAGCUUGGAUGUGAUGCAACGUGUCAGACUUGCUUCCAAGCCGGAUUGGCCGCCGAUGUUAAGAUGUUCGGUACGAGCUUCGAUUCCGGAUUCUACAGCACCGCAAGCAACUUUACUGGUUCUGCUGCAGGUGAUCUGCUGAAUUUUGAAGCCAUCGAAACGGACACACCCAACGUGAUCACCGGAAUGACCGCCUACCGCUUCCACUAUUUUCCCGUCGUCGCCUAUGCCCACGCCACCAUUGGUGUCUUCGCUGGUUGUCCUCCCCCCACCACCACCGCCGACCUCUACGACUACCACAGCUGGAGCCUCCUGCUUGAGAACGGGUACGCAGUCGUCGCGCCGGACUACGCGGGUCUCGGAAAUAAUGCCACCCUCCAUAAGUACCUCUCGCUCCCUGCCCACGCCAGUGACCUUUACUACGCCAUGAUGAGCGUGGGUCACAGCCAGGGAGGCGGGGCCGUGUGGAAGCUGUCGGAGAGUGAACUGGUCAAAACCCACGGCGCGGGAGAAUACCUGGGCACCGUGGCUCUAGCACCCGUCAGCAGGAUCUACGAUAUGACAGUGCUCACGGCUGGAACCGUUCUGACAGCCAGCAAGUAUGCGAGCUAUGAUAUCACCUACGAAGCCCUUUGGCUGUCCCUCGCGCUUAAGCGCGUCAUCCCCAGGAUCGACCUCUCCUUCUUCUCCGACACCUUCCUCCAGCGCGUCGACAUCGCUGAGCUCGCGCAGGCAUGCUACUAUAGCAUCAUGUCGCUAGGGUACGGUCUGAGACCGUCAGAAAUGAUUAGAAACACGAGCGCACUCGUGAACAAUGUCCCUAUUCAAGCGUGGCAGAACGCAAUGGCCCCUGCCAAUGGAGGUACAUCGGAUACACCGAUGCUCAUCGCUCAGGGUUUGAAUGACACCGUUGUCCUACCGCAGAUCACCGCCCGCUCCUUCAACGCGAGUUGUCUAUCGGGCAAUGAGGUUCACAUGAGCGUCUAUGCGGACAUGGACCAUACCGGUGUCUUGACGGCGAGUUCUCCUGAGUGGCUGGGGUUCAUUCGGGAUCGCUUCGAGCGGAAGUCGACUAGUGACAGGUGUAGUGUCGUCCAGCGUGCAUCCUUUGACAGGGCUCAUUUGGUGACUGAGGCGGAGUCAAGUGAAGACACUAGUCUCUGAUGUGAAUGAAUACCGAGUUGAUGUUCUUGGCUGCUUUCAUGAAUAGGCACCAGCCUUGAUCCAGACUGAAACGAUACAACUUCAUAUUCGAAGCGGCUACUAGGCCAUGUCUUAAGUCUUGCUCUUGUAUAGGUCUGUCGCUGCGCAAACGCGGGUAGCGUCUGGAGCAAAUGUCCACCCUGCCAAGAUCGGUUUCAAGUUUGACGUGGAAGACCCACUGCUACCCCUUGAG